AGAUAGAUCAUUUCGAAGUAAAAAAAACUAGUUUUGUUUUUGGAGCUAAGUGGUACUAUAAAAGAGAAUCGACAUUUUUAAUUUCUUUAUCAGUUCUGCUACAACAAUGCUUUCUACACUACUUUUAGUUUGCCUUUCUGCAUUCAUUGCCAUUGUCCAGUGCCAAAAUGCUUACGGGAACAUUUAUGGAUAUGAUACCAGUAAUACUGGAAACUCGAACAAUGGACCAUUUUUGGUGCAAAACCCGAACUAUCAGUUUUUGAACGAUCAACUAGCUAACGAAUAUUCUCAAACUUAUCUUGAGGAACUUCGAAACUACGAACAGCAGACAAACCCUAGCUCAUCUGGAGGAGUCAUUACAAGCUCAUCAAGUGUCCCUGCCAAUGGGUACUAUACCGGUCCAGCACUCUCAAAUGACCAACAGAAUAGUGUAAACUACCAGCAAAUAGUACAGCGUAACCCGUCAGCGUACUCAAACACGGGCUCAUCAAGCAGCAACAUUUAUGGAUACAACUACAAUUCUGGAAGUAGUGGAAGUCAGGCAACUGGAUCAAAUUCCUACAGUAACAAUGCCCAGUAUUCAGCUCCAACAAACCCUCAGCCAUACAUCUAUCCCUUUGGCCAAUUUGCUCCAGCAGGAUCUUCCAGCUCCAACCCAGUGCUCCGUGAUCAGAAUUCCAACAUCUACACCUCUACCAUGUCCCCGACUUCAUCAGGUACCAACAAUAUUGGAACCGGCAAUGCGUAUACCGGACGUACCUACACGUUGUUCGACCAACCACAAAACUCUCAAACCGGAUACGUGAGUGCUUCUGACCUCAAGACCACUCGUCUUCGUGAUCAACCACCACCAGCCAACUUGAACCUUCGUGGAACCGGACCACUCCCAGGACCAAUGCUCACCAGCGCCAAUGCGAAUUCUCAGUUGUUCCGUGAUGCUGGAAGUAAUGAUAUCUACUAUGGAAAUGCUAAUACCAACAACUACAACAAUAACAAUAACUACAAUAACAAUGGCCAGCAAACCUACAGCACUUCUACCAAUUGGCAAAACAACCAACUAGGAGUAUCAAACUCAGGAGCUCCUGGGUCCGGUGUUCAGUUCGAUCAAUCCUUAUCCUCUACAACAAUGAGUCCGACCGCAAGAUGCGCCCUUUCCGAUCCCUACUGGUGCCAAGAAUAUGUGCAAAUCUAUUUGAGUUCCCGCCAACAAUAUCAGGGAAUAUCGACUCAACAAUCCUGCCCAUCUCUGAUCGCUUCUCUGACUGAGAGCUACAAUGGUUGUUGCACUGCUGUUCGAGCCGCCGGCUGCUCCAUGUAAUAAAUAUGUGGGAAUAAUUGGCUUUUGUGGCCCUCUUUUCAAAUUCUGGUUGCCGGUUUUUUUUUGUGCGUUAUAUGAAAGCGUUGUGAUGUAUAUACGAGAAUGAAUCAUUCAUUUUUUUGUUG